ACCGUAUAUAUUGACGGGGAAAGUGACGUUGACGACCUCGACUUAUAAGAUUCAAUAUGAGACGCUUGGAGGCUCUCUAUGAUGCUGGCUCAUGGAUGAGGUCAAUCCAAGGCGGCAAGAAGUGGCAGAAUUGUUUCUCUGAAGCUCGGACCAGCUGUUCUGUCUUCGGAGUCUUGGCAAAGAAGUUUGGUGGCCAAAUGGGGACGGACGACCGCGGCAACUCCCUUCUCUCCUGCAGAAGAGGCACAGCCAACCCCAGGGCGGCUUUGGGUCCUAAUUCGUCCAACCAAAGUCUUCUUCUGAAACACCUACCCCGGCACCUUUAA